GCAACAUUUUUUAAAGAGCCAAGUGACCCCAAUUGUGAAUCUUGUGUGCUGUUAAGGCCAUGGCCGGAGCAACGGCGAGAAUUCCGACGAGGCACCGGAUUUUGACGUGGGGUAAUGUUGAAAUCGGGAAUUCUAGAGACCCUGUGAUGAACUUGUCCAGCACAGUUUUUGGGUUUCUUGAGGAAGAGGGCCAAGGGUCUCUAGAGAGUAUUAGUAGUGAUGACUAUGGUGACAAUGAUGUUAUGGAGUAUAACGAAGAGAGAGAAAACUCAGCAAGUGUUGGGGACAAGAAGAGCUUCUGGGAGACACAGCACCAACUUUUACAGGCUACAUUACGUAGGACUAGUUCUUUAGAAACUAGGAUCCGAAAUGCCACUAAAGAAGCUAUUAAGGAGUUUCAACUGGCUGAGAACGUGUGUAUUUGCCUGAGACCGGUGGCGACUGGUUGCCGGAACUGUCUGAUGAGAGAGGUAUGCAGUCGUCUUCAAAAUGCUGGUAUCAACAGUGCAAUUUGCAAGUCUAAGUGGAGCAGCUCACCGGACAUUCCAUCAGGUAAACACACCUUCUUGGACGUUGUGGAUAGUUCAAAUUCUAAGAAAACAGAACCGAUCAGAGUAAUAAUCGAGUUGAAUUUUCGAGCUGAGUUUGAGAUGGCGAGAGCAAACGAAGAAUACAACCAACUAAUAAACAUGCUUCCUGAAAUUUUUGUUGGAAAAGUCGAAAGAUUAUCAUCCUUAAUCAAGAUCUUAUGCUCUAGUGCUAAGAAGUGCAUGAAGGAGAAGAGGAUGCACAUGGCACCAUGGAGGAAACAUAGGUACAUGCAAGCCAAAUGGCUUCGGACAUGCGAAAGGACAACGACGAAGACAACAUUGUCGCCAAUCGAAAACUCGAUCCGGCCGGUUAGACCUAGGGCAUCCAUGCUUACAGUCGACUUGCUAGAGAACUUGUCCAAUUUGCAUUGUACAGUAGUUAAAGUUGUGUGAUUGAGGAACAAAUUUUUGUUCAUGUCCAUACAUAGUUGUGAGAGUGAUAAAUAUGAAAUUCCAAAUUUUAUGUCAAUCUAGGUCCAUGGAUGGUUGCGGGUAAUUUGUUCGCAACUUUGUAUGUAUCUAAAAAAUUUUGUGGCAAAUCUUCGAAUCUUAUAUAUUUAAAAGAAUUCAAUACAAU